AUGCACGCGACCUCACAUGAGCACCGUGGCUCUGCGGCAUCAACUUUCCUGCACGAGUCUGCAUACGGGAGCGAUAAGAAGGCCAGCGUGAUACAUGUUCAUCCUCAAUUUCCGACUGAGGAAUAUCACCAUACCACCAGGCAGCCCUCUACAGGGUACAAGCUUGUCAGUGCGUGGUGGAGUCUGGAGCUGGCAUCCACCGCCAUCUGUGUUGGCUUCUUUGCAAAAUACUGGUGGCUUCUCGAACAUUACGACGACAAGCCUGUAAGCAAGUGGAAAGGCCCACAGGCUCGGCUAUCCCCGCUUAAGAACCUCCCAGCCGCUGCUGCAAUCGUUAUGACUGCAUUCAGGGUCUUUCUGAGCUAUCCCAUUGCAGCAUCGAUGGGCAAGUUGCAAUGGGAUCAUACGGCAGUCAACAAGGUGCGCCUCCAGGCGGCAAACUGCGAAGAAAAAGACCAGUUGCAGAUCUGCAGGCUUUUGACGCAGCAUCUCGAGGCACUUUUGGGUCUGCCAGACUACUCUUCUCUAAAAGCAUCUUGCACGUUGUUCUUAUUAUCCUACUCUAUACACAUCUCCCUUGGCUGUGUUCUGAUCCUCGGAACUAAAGGGUUGCAGACUUUGGGGCAGAGCGCUAUCACGCAACACGCCGGAACUUACUGGGAAAAGGAAAUUUCCGGUGUUUUGAACGCAAGAAUUCCAUUCUGCAAACUCUACAACAUCUCAGAGACGCACGACAUAGAUUGGAACGGCAUAAACGGAACGAAUCAGCAAGCCUCAGACGCAGACUCCCGCACUCGUGCGGCCCUCCUUUCUGCUUGGUCACGCAUCUUGAAGCCAAAGGCCAUAGACCACCAAGUCACCACUAUACCGGCUAAUUGCUCAACGAAGAGAUGCCAAUGGAAAGAUGUUACUACGAUCGCUGUCGAUUACCAGUGUGCCAAUGCGUCAGCUGUCAUCAACGCCGAAGGUUUCGCGUUUUCCAGCCAGGCCAAUAUCACCAAUCGCGUCUCAGUACCAAGUUUCAACGGAGCUUUUUGCGCAUGCUCAAAUCCGUUUGAAGCCGAGUUUGACCAUCCCCAACAGUAG